GAGACUCAUCGAGAGUCCUGUUGUUAAGUUUCCAUAGAUAAGCAAUAGAGAGAGGAAGAGAGAGUAGGUGCGUGUAAGCACGCUAUUUACAGUUUUUCAUCGGGAUCCAUAAGAAAAGAUCAAAUUUUGGCCACGGUUGGAAUAGUAUGCGAAGAUUGAGUAUGAAGAGCAAGCGUAGAAAGUCCGAAAUGAGUGAAAGCGGUUCCGAGGAAAAUGGCGUUCCGCGUACAACAGCCGAUGAAAACGACGAAAUGAAGAAAGGAAAGGAAGGCGAGAUCGCGGAUACGCCGCGCAAAGGCACCGUAAAAAAGCGGCAAUCUCGUGGACGGGCUAGCCUCAAAGGACAAAACGAGGAAACCACUGGGAAAUCCGAAGGGGACGGUCAAGAAAUCGACUCGGACGAAGAAGAGAAUAAAAGCCCCGGUAAGGGUGGAGCGAACAAACGGCAUAAAAAGGAAGAUCAAAAAGCGUCUACCUCGAUAAAACAACAUGGAAACGAGGAAAAGGAAUACGAGGUGGAAAAAAUUGUUGGUCAACGCACAAUCAAAGGCAGGCGACAAUUCUUAGUUCGUUGGAAAGGCUACAACGAAGAUUCCGACACAUGGGAACAAGAAAAAGAUUUAAAUUGUGCGCAACUAAUCGAAGAGUUUUUAAUCGAUGACGUAGAAAGCGAAGAAGACAAAUCUAAGAAGAACGAAACAUCUCCGAAAUCGUUAAAGAAUAAAACUCUGAAAGUAGACAAAAAGCUUAAAAAAUCUAGAGGUAGUACAAAGAAACAAACAGAAAAUGAUAAGGAUGUAACGAUGUCGGAUGAAGACAAACAUGAAAAGGACGAUGGAAAAGAAUUCGAAGUAGAAAAAAUAAUAGAAGUACAUUUCAAGAAAAAUAAAACAAGAGAAUUCCUGAUCCGAUGGAAAGGUUUUUCAUCUGCGGACGAUACCUGGGAACCAGAAGAAAAUUUGAAUUGUCCAGAACUUAUUGAGAAAUUUAUGCAAAAAGUUGAAAAAGCUAAAACCUCGGAUGUACGUGAACUUAGGACGAAUCGACCUCACACGAAACGAUACACGCUAACUACACACGAAUCGGGAAGAAGAUUGUCGCGUCGUAAUAUGGAUAAACAAAGAGCUACGUAUCACGAAUGCGACGAAUAAGUGGUUACGAGUCGUCGAAUCUCUAAAUCUCGUAUACAUGUAUAUUCACAUACAUAUAUGUAUAUAGAUACAGACAUUAUUUUUAGUGUUACGAAAAAAUAACGCCACGUCAAAAGUUUCGGUACGAGUGACAUUCUUUGUGCUGCGAUCAUGAAGCAAAAGAAGGAAUUACGGAAUGGUCUAUGUGUGUCUUAUAUUCGUAUUAUAUUCCUUCGUUCAUGAUACUUUUAUAAAAUAUCGAUUUAAAGUGAAAGAUUUUAUUUAACUUUAUCCAGUUUGUAAAGACUUUGAAGAAUACAUUAUAAAAUUCUUGA